AUGGAAGCACCAACCCCCCCAACCACGGGCCAAACACCAUCGGCCCUGCUCUUCCAGUCACCGCCAUCAGAGCUCUUUGAAGGCGUUGUCUGCCCUCCACCAGAAUGGGCUGUCCAUGACGAGUCCAAUCCCCCGCUCCAACGUAGACAUAGCCAAUGGAUAACCUUACUCUGCGGCACCAAAUCCUUCCAGCUCCGCCGCGCCAUGUUACAACAACACUCCAUCUUCGCGCAACACAUGAAGCACAACCCCCACGACACCGAGAUUGAGCUAGCAGCCCUAAACGGUGACGAAGAAAUGGCAGUACACAUAGCCACAUAUCUCGAAGAUCCAGACACAUUCCCGUUAUUUCGGUCCGCGCAAUGGGGCUUCCACUACGCGUUGUAUCAUCACUUGCAGAAGGCUGCUCGUGCGCUGGAACUUUACGAUUUACAUGACUGGAUCGCGGAGAAGAGAUAUGUGCGGGCUAUCAAGACUGUUGUUGACACGACGAUCGAAGAGGUUGAACCAGGUCAAUUGCCAUCGACGGUGCAGUAUGAGGGAGAUGCAGAGGUGACUGUGAAUAUGCUGCAGAAAACGCGGUACUUUCAUUUUUGUCCCCGUGCUAUCCCCACGCACAGGGUAGAGCGGGACAAACAGAAUCGGUGUGGGAGGAAAUGUGAGUCACUUCAUGAACUUGGACAUUCGCAUCUGGAAGAGGAGCCGUAUGUGGAGAUCGUGACGGUGACGAAGAGGGUUGUGUUUGAUCCUGAGGUAUGCAGAAGGGUGGCUCCUGCAGAGGCAGGAGUUGACGAGUGCGAAGGAGACAUCAAACAACAUGGAUCGUGUCAGGAUGUCGAGCCAUUUGUGGGAGAUUUUAUGACAUAG